AUGAGGGCAGGCUGAGAGAACUGAGGUUGUUCAGUCUAGAGAAGAGAAGGCUAUGGGGAGACCGUAGAGCAGCUUCCCGUGUUGAAAGGGGCUCCAGGAAAUGUGGAGAGGGGCUCUGGAUCAGCGGCUGCAGGGACAGGAUGAGGGGAGCUCAUUUGAGCUGCAAGAGGGGAGAUUGAGAUGAGAUCUUGGGGAGAAAUGUUUUACUGUGAGGGUGGGGCCCAGGUUGGGCAAAGCAGUGGUGGCUGCCCCAUCCCUGGAGGGGUUCCAGGCCAGGUUGGAUGGGGCUUGGAGCCCCUGAGCUAGUGGGAGGUGUCCCUGUCCCCAAACCACUCCAGGAUUUAGCAGUCACUUCUCGAGUUGUUUUCUUGAAGGCUGGUGUAAGGGAAGGGUUGUUUUUGCCUUUCUGUGCUAUAUUUGACAGCUGACAGAGUGCAGGGCAGGUAUUUAAUUACAACAACACGGGCUGUGGCUGCUGCCAUCAGUGCUGAGGGGCCUGGUUCCCUGUGCGCGGCACAGGACCAACCUGCGUGCUGUGUGCAGGAUGCGUUGACAACAGCGAGUACAUGAGGAACGGUGACUUCCUACCCACUCGCCUGCAAGCCCAGCAAGAUGCUGUCAACAUCGUGUGCCAUUCAAAAACCCGCAGUAACCCUGAGAACAACGUGGGGCUCAUCACCUUAGCCAAUAACUGUGAAGUGCUGACCACGCUCACGCCAGACACAGGACGGAUCCUUUCGAAGCUCCACACGGUGCAACCCAAAGGGAAAAUCACCUUUUGCACAGGGAUCAGAGUUGCUCACCUGGCUUUGAAACAUCGCCAAGGCAAGAACCACAAGAUGCGAAUCAUUGCCUUUGUUGGGAGCCCCGUUGAGGAUAAUGAGAAAGAUCUGGUGAAGUUGGCAAAGCGUCUUAAGAAGGAGAAGGUCAACGUUGACAUCAUCAAUUUUGGAGAAGAGGAAGCCAACACGGACAAGCUGACCGCCUUCAUUAACACCCUAAAUGGCAAGGAUGGCAUUGGCUCCCACCUGGUGACGGUGCCGCCGGGGCCCAGCCUGGCCGAUGCCCUCAUCAGCUCCCCGAUCCUGGCUGGAGAGGGAGGUGCCAUGCUGGGCCUUGGUGCCAGCGACUUCGAGUUCGGUGUGGACCCCAGUGCAGAUCCAGAGCUGGCUCUGGCUCUCCGCGUCUCCAUGGAGGAGCAGCGGCAGCGGCAAGAGGAGGAGGCCAGGAGGGCUGCGGCCGCCUCUGCGGCAGAGGCUGGGAUCGCCGCUACUGGAGGGGACGCAGAUUCAGAUGAUGCUCUGCUGAAGAUGACAAUAACGCAGCAGGAGUUUGGCCGGGCUGGGCUGCCUGACCUGAGCAGCAUGACGGAGGAGGAGCAGAUCGCCUACGCCAUGCAGAUGUCACUGCAGGGAGCGGAGUUUGCCCAGGCAGAGGCGGCAGAAGUGGACAGCAGCACUGCCAUGGACACCUCUGAACCCGCAAAGGAGGAGGAUGACUACGAUGUGAUGCAGGACCCUGAGUUCCUGCAGAGCGUGCUGGAGAACCUGCCGGGUGUGGACCCCAACAAUGAGGCCAUCCGCAACGCCAUGGGCUCCCUGGCCUCGCAGGCCUCCAAGGAGAGUAAGGACAAAAAGGAGGAGGAAAAGAAAUGAGG